AUGAGCUAUUACAGUGGCUACUACGGAGGCCUGGGCUACGGCUAUGGUGGCUUUGGAGGCCUGGGCUGUGGCUAUGGCUGUGGAUCUAAUAGCAUCCACAGACUGGGCUAUGGCUGUGGCUAUGGAGGCUACGGAUAUGGCUGUGGCCGCCCUUCAUGCUGUGGAGGAUAUGGAUUCUCCAGCUUCUAUUGA